AUGCCGGGCACCUCCCUGGAGGGGGUUCGUCCCACCUACAUCUACAAGGUGGUCCUACUGGGGAGCACAUCAGUGGGAAAGUCAAGCCUGGCCUACCGAUACGUGAAAAAUGACUUCAAGGAGUCACUGCCAACAGUGGGAUGCUCCUUCUUCACACAGCUGCUCAAUCUGGAGGUAGCCACCAUCAGGCUUGAGAUCUGGGACACGGCAGGCCAGGAGAAGUACCAUAGCGUCUGCCACCUCUACUACCGGGAUGCCCAUGCUGCUCUCCUCGUUUACGACAUCGCUAACAAGGAAACACUCAACAGAGCAAAGCUGUGGCUGAGGGACCUGGAAAAGGAAUUCCUUCCUGAUGAAAUCGUCAUUGCUUUGGUGGGCAACAAGACGGACCUUGCUGCUGAGCGAGAAGUUGCCACAGAGGAGGGGGAAGAGUUUGCAAGGACCAAAGGCCUCCUCUUCAUGGAGACAUCUGCAAAAUCCAACCACCAAAUAAAUGAUAUCUUCAUGGCCGUAGCCCAAGAGCUUCUGCGGCGGGAGCAAGAGAAGGCAUCUGCCCCGUCCCUGCGUGGGAGGACAACAGUUGACCUGGGGGAGAGCAGGGCAAGGACAGGGUGGCUUCAGCUCCCAGAUUUGCUCCUGGGUUUCCACGCAAGUCAGAGCGAUGUGUUUCAGGGUCAGCCCCUCCUUACCCCCAAGCCAUGCAUCCCCUUCGCUUGGCUGGCCUCACCGCUGGGUACCACUGACCCACGCUCAUCCCACUCGCGGCCCCGUGACCGGCAUCUGACAGGUCAUAUUGCCAUCCCGUUCAUCGCCAUUGCCCCCUGUUCUGCUUCGGUGCUGCGGAUUCAGUUCCUGCCUGCUUUCACCUGCCUAGUUUUAAAACAAGGUGUGCACCAGCUGGGUAAAGGAGAGGACAGGGAGAGAAAGGAGCUUUUGCUUGAGUGA